AUGGAGGCGGGACCGGGGGCUCCGAGAGGUGGGGGCAGGAGGACCGGAGGGCGGGGCCUCGUACGGGCACAGGAGGCGGGGCCUAGGUGUGCCAGGAAGAACGCGCGGCGGAGCGAAGUCUCGCGAGAUCUCUCUCAGGGGCAGAAGGAGGUGGUGGCUGUGGUGGAGGUUCCACACCCGGGGAGCACCGGGGAGUUCCGGCAGUACCUCGGGACCCCCGAGGCUCCUGAGGAGGGCUCCGAGCGGCCCCGGGUGGCGGCCCCGGGCGAGCGCCCUUUGCCCGGUCCCGGUGGGGCCAUAAAGCGAGGAGCAGCCGCCGCCUGCCCGGGCAGAGGCCCCAUGGCCUCCAGCAUGGGCAGCCUCGAGAGCCUGGACCUGCUGGAUCUCCUCUUCGACGUCCAGGACGGGAUCCUGCGCGAGGUGGAGCUGGGGACGCCGCCGGGGGCCUGGCCCCAGGACAGGCGUGCCCCGGACAGCAAUAACCUCCUGAGCUCCGUGCUGGGCUCCGGGGACUCGGUGUCGGACUCGCCCAGCUGGUCCCCGGCCACCAGUGACAGCGGGGUGUCCGAGGACCCCCCCUCUGACCAGCACGACAGCCCCCCCCGGAGCUGUGGCGGGGGUCCCCGAGAGGUUCUGUACCCCUACACCGACCCAAGCCAGGCCCAGCCCCUCCCAGCGGGGCCGGGGGUCCUGCAGCCCGAGGUCUCCAUCGACCUGGACAUGUGGCACCCUGGGUUCUUCCUAGAGGAGAGCCAGGACCUGCCCGUGGUCCCCCCGCCCGCAUCCUGUGCCCUCACCGUCAAGGACCUGCUGCUCUCGGGCAGCUCUGACAAUCAGCCACAGGCUCCUGGCUCCCUGCUCCGGCCCAGCCAGGGCCACUUCCAGGAGCUGGUGCUGACGGAGGACGAGAAGAAGCUGCUGUUGAAGGAGGGGGUGACCCUGCCCACGCAGCUGCCCCUCACCAAGUACGAGGAGCGGGUGCUGAAGAAGAUCCGGAGGAAGAUCCGGAACAAGCAGUCGGCCCAGGAGAGCCGCAAGAAGAAGAAGGAAUACAUCGAUGGGCUGGAGAGCAGGAUGUUGGCGUGCACGGCUCAGAACCAGGAGCUGCAGAGGAAGGUCCUGCACUUGGAGAAGCAGAACUCAUCCCUCCUGGAGCAGCUGAAGAAGCUCCAGGCCAUGGUGGUUCAGUCGAGCAACAAGGCAGCACAGACAGGGACCUGCCUGGCGGUCCUGCUGCUCUCCUUCACCCUCAUUGUCUUCCCCUCCAUCAGCCCCUUCGCCCCCAGCAAGGCUGAGGCAAACGGCGACUUCAGGCCCGUGCGAGUUUUCUCCAGGUCCCUGCACAACGCCGCCGCCUCCCGCGUGGUUCACACCCAGCCCCAGGCCGGGGAUGAGAAGCCCCCGGAGCCGCUGUGGUCGGAGCCCCUGCACGAGACCCCCGAGACCCUGCACGAGGCGUUCCAGGACACGUCCCCAGCACUCCCGGCCAAAGGGUCCCUCCAGAACCACACACGGCCAUCGGGCACCGAGGGGCUGAGCCACGAGCACGGGGAGAGGGCCGAGGCCGUGCCAGGGGAUGGCUCUGUGCCGCACCCGGGGCUGGCAUCCCUGGCGUGGUCCGAGCCCGCGGUGCUGGAGCCGGCGGAGGAGCUUUAG